CACGAAAUGAAAUAUACAGAAUAUAAGAAAAAUGAAAAAGGAACAGAAAAAAGUCCCCAACUAGGCCGUAGGCCCAUAGCCACAUCCGAAGACCCAAUGUCCGUUUGGAUAAGGUUAUCCGGCUGGGAGGAAAAAGACUGCUGACUAAAGCUUCCAAGGCCCAUCAUCGGCAAUGACGGUAUCUAUUCCGACGUCCUUCAUUCCGUCCUCCCAUCGGCGGUUUCCUAAAUCAAAACCUCCUCCUCCGGCGUACCGUCAAUUCAGUGUGUUCUCACAAAUCUCUCUAGACUCGCCUUCAUCAAGUCAGAAAUCUUCUUCUCCGUCUUCUCUCCCUAGAAAAACUGGCGUCGUUGUCAUCGGAGCUGGCCUUGCCGGCUUAGCCGCCGCCACUAAGCUCCAGGCGGAUGGUAUCCCUUUCGUCAUCCUCGAAGCUUCUGACGGCGUCGGUGGCCGCGUCCGUUCCGACCUUGUUGAUGGCUUCAUCCUUGAUCGCGGAUUUCAAAUAUUCAUUACGGCUUACCCGGAAGCUCAAAAGCUCCUCGAUUAUUCAGCUUUAAACCUCCAGAGAUUUUAUGCCGGAGCUCAGGUUUAUUACCGUGGCCGUUUUCACACCGUAGCUGACCCGAUUCGCCAUUUCUCUGAUUCGUUGUUAUCCCUUGCUAACCCCAUCGGUACGGUUGUCGACAAAUUACUCAUUGGGUUGACCAGAAUAAGGGUGUUGACUCAAUCGGACGACGAAAUUCUGACAGCUCCGGAGACCUCUACACUUGACUUGUUGAGGGGAAUUGGGUUCUCGGACUCAAUCUUGGAUCGGUUUUUCCGGCCAUUUUUCGGAGGGAUUUUCUUCGACACCGAGCUGAAAACGACGUCGCGUCUCUUCAAUUUCGUCUUCAAAUGUCUGGCAUUGGGCGAGAACACGCUUCCCGCCAAUGGCAUUGCGGCAAUCCCGAACCAAUUGGCCGCCAAGAUUCCACCAGGUUCAAUCUUCUUCAAAUCCAGAGCCCAUUCCAUCGCCUCCAAGGACGGCGAUUCCAUAUUCACGGUGAAAUUAGAGAGUGGGGAGGAGGUGGAGAGCGAGUUCGGAGUGAUAGUGGCGGUUGAAGAAUUUGAAGCUGUUAAGCUUUUAGCGGGAAAUUCAGAAACUCCAAUUCAGGCGAAGACACCGGUCCGGAGCACGGUUUGCCUGUAUUUCUCCACGGACAAGGACCAGAUUCCGGUGAAGGAUCCAGUGUUGUUUCUCAAUGGCUCUGGAAAAGGAAUAGUGAACAACAUGUUCUUCGCCACCAAUGUGGCUCCGUCUUAUGGACCUCCUGGAAAAGGUUUGGUGUCUGUAUCGUUGAUUGGCUUAUUUGAUAACGUUGCAGAGAAGGAUUUGGUGAACCAGGUGAUUGAUGAACUAUCGGGUUGGUUUGGAAAGGCAGCUGUCGGGUCAUGGAAGUAUUUGAGGAUGUACAAGGUGAAGUUUGCUCAACCAAACCAAUGUCCUCCAACUGAUUUGAUGAAAAAUCCCAGGAUCAAGCCAGGAUUGUACAUUUGUGGUGAUUACAUGACUAGUGCUACAUUUGAUGGAGCUCUUGUCUCUGGAAGGAGAGCAGCAGAAGCGCUAUUGAAAGAGAGAUCUUCGACCAAAGUUUAAAUGGUUUGGAUUCAUUGUAAAUACAGGCAGGACAUCUUUUCUGGAGGUAAUAUUUUUGGUCCAUUUUCUUACCUUCCAAGGUUGUAUUAGCAAAAUGUGAAAAUUCUUUGUAUUUAUCUGUUCAUGAAUCAUGAUCAAUACAUGAUCUCCAAUGAAUCGUCUACUUACACAGUUCAGCUCUAUAAGAAAAUUGUAUUGCCAUAAUGGUAUCCAUGUUUUGCACCUUGAUAUGGCCAUAAAAUUAUGGGGUGUAGAAAAAUGAUGACUACAUAUGGUUAAGCUAGUCUCCAGGGAUGACCAUGCCGUGAUAAGAAGAUCCUGUCAAGAGGAGUUUGCAAGUGCACUCAUAACUCGUUAUAUAUAAGAACAGAAUCGCUGCCUAAAGCAGCUUAGUAGACUCAUCGAGCUCACUCAGACAGCUCACCCGAUUUUUUGGUUCUUGCCAUUCCGAUAUCUAGAAUUCAAGCAACAUUCGUAAUUAGUUUCACUUUAGGUGACUCAUAAGUUCAAGUCGCUCAGUCAACUGUUUGUGCUCGCCGUUGUGAACUUGUUGGUACCUGGGUGCAAACCUAGUGUCCUAUGGAAUGGAUUUCUAAAACAGGG